AUGUUUACCGCAUUGCUGGACGCUGCCCGUAACUCGCCAUUCAAGACUCCGUUCACGAAGGCACAAUGCGAUGCCGGUACCGUUGCACCAGUACGUGGUCGCUCGAUCGCCGCCGCUGCCACUGAUGAGGUUGAGUUCGGUUCGACCAAAUUCUUCCUGCUGUGCGGUCUCGGUGGUAUCAUUUCCUGCGGAUCCACGCAUACAUUCGUCGUGCCGCUUGAUCUGGUCAAGUGUCGGCUGCAGGUUGACCAGGCCAAGUACAAGAAUGUGUUCCAUGGAUUCAAGCUGACGCUCGCCGAGGAUGGUUCCCGUGGUCUGGUGAAAGGUUGGGCACCGACGUUCUUCGGCUACUCGGCACAGGGUGCGUUCAAGUUCGGGCUGUAUGAGGUGUUCAAGGUGCAGUAUGCCAACAUGCUGGGUGAGGAGAAUGCCUACCUCUACCGCACCUGGUUGUACCUGGGUGCAUCUGCAUCGGCCGAAUUCUUCGCCGAUAUGGCGCUUUCUCCGUUCGAGGCGGCCAAGGUUAAGAUCCAGACCAUGCCAGGAUAUGCCAACACGUUGCGUGAAGCGAUGCCGAAGAUGAUGGGUGAGGAGGGUAUUAUGGCGUUCUACAAGGGUCUCGUUCCGCUCUGGUGCCGUCAGAUCCCGUACACGAUGAUGAAGUUCGCCUGCUUUGAGAAGACCGUUGAACUGCUCUAUGCCUAUGUCGUACCGAAGCCACGUGACCAAUGCUCGAAGGGUGAACAGCUGGUGGUGACGUUCGCUGCCGGUUACAUUGCCGGUGUGUUCUGUGCCAUCGUUUCCCACCCGGCCGAUGUGGUUGUAUCGAAAUUGAACCAGGCCAAGGGAUCGUCUGCGAUCGAUGUGGCGAAGCAGCUUGGCUUCAUGGGCAUGUGGAACGGUCUUAUGCCGCGUAUCAUCAUGAUCGGUACCCUAACUGCUCUGCAAUGGUUCAUCUACGAUGGUGUGAAGGUAGCCCUCUCGAUUCCACGUCCACCACCGCCAGAGAUGCCGGAGUCGUUGAAAAAGAAGCUAGGAGUGCAGUAA